AUGCCGAUUGUUGUGGGCAAGUCUUUAGCACAGGGCCAUAACAAUGAUUCUUGUUUUCAUGGCCAACUAAAUCAAAUCCGACCCUUCGUUCAGUCCAUGACCAUCGCCAAGUUUCUUCAAAACCUUUUCUCCAUAGGUACGCUUCACCUUGAGAAAGUGGUUAAUUGGAAGCUGAAAGCCUACCAUAAUAGGAAAGUUCAUGCUCAAUUACAAAUGGAUACAAAUGGAAAAGAAGCAAUACAGGUCAAUAAUACACAUAGAGUUGAAGGAGAACAAUGUACUCGCUGCAGCAGUAACCAUUUUGUAUUUUCCUACUUUGAGAUGAUUUUUAACGUUUAUAUGAACAUUCUACUAAACGGUGAAUGGCUGCAAAAUCGGCUUACCCAGUUACAAUCAUCAAAUGAACAAGAGCCAUUAAACUGCUUUCCCAGGUGUGAAGAUUUAUCUGGAUCUUUCAAUCGAUGCGGUU